UGGAUCCAAGAUUUCAUAUGAGCACCAGUGGCGGCGUGCGGACGCGGCCUAGCUCGUACCAACGUCUGCCGCAGACUGAGGACAGUGACGUCGCAGAUGCCGCCGUGGACUCGAACGCAGAGACGGAGAUCGCGGAGCUCAAGAAGCGGGCGCAAGGCAAGCCGCCGAGCCGCGCCGAAGUGGUCAGCACCAAAAUCCACGCGUUGAUGUGGAUCGUUGGAGCGGGGUUUCUGUUGUAUUACUUGGACGUGUUACGUGUGGCCUUUCGCGACGCUCGUGUGCAUCGGGUGUACUUCAACAUUGGACUGGUGUGCUUUGGGAUCAAUGCAUGCAUCACACUGUACUUGUCCAUAUGGCUCCCCUACGUCAAGAAGAUCGACUUGGAAUGGAGUGUGUAUUGCCCCCGUAUGGUUCCCACCGCCACCGUCGUCGGCAUCGUGUGCGCGCUCAUGUUUACGGUGGGGUUGUGGCCAGUGUGGGGCUUCUUCACGCCUGGCAUCUUGUUUGUGCUGUUCCUGGGGACACUGAUGACAGCUCACUUCUUGCCCGCCAUCUAAACUCCACGACACUACCACUACCACGCUAUCGAAAUGUUAAUACAAGGAACACUACUACUACAUCAUUACGCCUAAAUACAGUAAAAUAUCAACACUAUUCAAGUCACG